AUCAUCAAGACAACUGUGCACCCGAAGUACGAAGUAUUACCGUUCGACUACAACAUUGCCAUUCUUGAAUUGGAAACCGCAUCCAAAUUCACCCCCGUCGCCGUCAACUUGAAAGAAGACGAUGCGACUGAUCCUGGCGCCGUGACGUGGGUGCGUGGCUUCGGCAAAACUACGUCUUUCAAGAAGGACAACUCCCCCGUCCUUUUGCAAGCCGAACGCAAUAUCUUGGCGAACGACGAGUGCCAAAAGGCGUUGGGACAUGACUUCGAAGCCCUCGAAUCCGUGGUGUGUACCACUAGCGCCGACAAGGGCCCGUGCAUCAGCGACAUUGGCGCACCGUUGAUCAUCGUCCGCGACGGUGUCGAGUACGUUGCCGGUGUGUCGAUUACGUCCGGUGCUUGCCAGGACAUUGCGCUCCCUAUUGUGUACUUGCGCGUGUCGGCCGCCCGCGAGUUCAUCAAACCAUUCUUACCUGACACCCCCCACUAAACCCCAAGCCGCCUGCUUGCUAAGUACUCGAUGUUGUAUAACGCAGUUGGACUUGUCCA